UGGAAAUUUUCCUUUGCCGAAUAUUGUAAAGUUAUGUAAUAUUAGCUAAGAGGGAAUAUUUAUACCUAGAGCCCGCCCUACCUGUGGUCGGAAUGUCGCAUCUGAACAUCAUUCGACGCUAGUCGGUAUAUAGAGUGGUUCUAAAUUUCUUAUGAGUUCGUAAUAUGUCACGGUUCUUCAUAUCCACUACUAUAUGUUUUGCUUGUCUGGUGAAGGUCUCUAGAAUACCUAUUUAUCUUAAGGUGUCAGCAGUCAGCAGCAGUCUCGAUUUCAAAUCUGUGAAAGUGCAGUUAAGGUUACAUAAACGGAGACGGUAUCGGUAAUAUUAACGCUAAGCUAACGAUGACUGCACGAUGACAUUGUCGAUAGUUUUUCAUCUCUGUUAUUUCCCAGGUCUUAGAUCAUGAAUAGGAUAUCGUUCAUAAUAAGUGUAGCAGCCCUCCGAAUGGCUCUGUGCUUUGUUAAUGUUCUCACCGAAGAACAGAAAGUAGUUUGCCAAAAAUUCAGGUUUGAGAUGGGAAAAAAUGUUGUUGACGACCACGCCCUCGACGGCCAUGUGAUUGAGAGAUACACAGUUAAGACAGCUGCACAAUGUCAAAUGAUGUGCAGAGACAACUGUUUAUGUUUAUCCAUCAACUACGUCUCAAGUCUCCAAGAGAACAAUUGCGAGUUGAAUGACGCUGUGAAAAGAAAGAAACCAGAGGCGCUAAAAUUCAAAUCAGGAGCUCAGUACUACGAUCUGGUUAGAAUGCAUUCAGUAGAGGGAGGCCGACCUUAUGUAAAAGGAAAGGAUGUGUGUGUAAACAGAUGUUGCCAGCCUAAUCCUUGCUUUCAAGGAGCAGAGUGCGUGGAGAAUUGUGAUCCUGAUGAUGCCAGGUUUACGUGUAGCUGCUCCGCUCGUUAUACUGGACAGCGGUGUGAACAUAGAUGCUAUAAAAGUUGCAAGGAUGCUAAAGAAAACGGCAUAUGGCAAUCUGGCAGGUACCUCAUAUGUAAUGGAGAGAUCGAGCCAUUUUACGUGUACUGCGAAAUCGGCUCAUCGUCCAGCUUCAUAUGGACUCUUUUACAAUCCUUUGCUAUCGAUCGGCAAUUGCAGUUUAGUAGCCAACCGUUCACAAAUAGCUUUCCAGUUCGUGACAAUCUCCUAGAGAUAGACUGGGGCCUGUACCGCUUAUCCUUGGCCCGCAUGAAGUAUCUUGCCGAGCAGUCGACUCAUCUCAGAGUAACGUGUAAUUACAACACAGAUGGUCUUCAGUAUACGGACUAUGCACAAGCGGAACUCGAACACCACAAUUUAUUUGCAACAUUCAACAACAAAUGUAGAAUUUAUGAACACAUCGCCAUCCGAGGCAAUGAAUGUAGGAACUGCACCGCUCUGACCAAUCAACCGACUGACCACGCCUGGCACAUCGAUAGCUACUUAAGUUCAGCCAAUGGAUGCAAUUUUGAUGGAAGGCCAGGGAUGGGAAAGAGCGAGCAUAACUUUGGAUGGUAUGCUCAUGGAAGAGUGAACACAGAUCACCGAUGCUCGUCAUCUCCAAUGUCGACAACUCAACACUGGUUUGGUAUUUUUUAUUUUCCGGGUAUUAAUCGUCCCCAAAGCUUUCCUGGUAAAUAAAACCUUGAUACUUUCCACGAUACCCUUCCAUUUAAUUUAGCGCUGUGAACUGGUAUCGCACCAUACCAGUUAUUAUUUUUUUCUUCCUUUUCAUCACCCUUUUGCUCGAAAAUAUACAUUCUAUAAUUUCAUGGAGAUAUUCCUUUUUCGGUCACUGACAGCAGAAGUGAAAGGUUUAAACAAAAAGACGCUUUGGCAGGGUUUAAGUGUCAUCAAUUUUCCAACAAGAACUGAUUGAGGUUGUGGAUUUCAUGCGCCACUACCACAGCAUUAAAAGUGUGUAAUGUAAAUAGUUUCGAAAUAAUUAUUAAGUACUCAGUU